AUGGAUUCAGGUGACUUGACAUUGGGGAUUUUUUUCCUAUCCCAGACCUGUGUUGGAAUCCUAGGGAAUUUCUCCCGCCUUUUUCUUUAUACCUUCACUUUCUGCACUGGAUAUAGGUUGAGAACCUCAGACCACAUACUCAAACAUGUGUACUUGGCCAACUCCUUAGUUCUUCUAUGUAAGGGAGUCCCCCAUAUAUUGAUAUCUUUUGGGCUGAAGAAUUUCCUGGAGGAUAUUGGAUGUAAAUUUUUGUUUUAUAUUCACAGAGUGGCCCGGGAAGUCUGUCUCUCUUCCACUUGCUUCCUGAGCAUCUUCCAGGCCAUCACAGUCAUCCCCAAUAAAUCCACGUGGGCUGAGCUCAAAGUCAGAAUCCAAAAGUAUGUUGGGCAUUUCUGUUUCCUUUUCUGGGUGGUGCAUCUUCUGGGAAAUGUACUUGUUGCUUUAAAAGUGACUGGCCCAAGGAAGAGAAAAAAUAUCAGUCUGAACUAUUUUGGAUACUGUUCUCGUGCUGUUCUUAACCCUAUCAACUCCUCGCUCUUUGCCUUCCUGCAUGCUUCCAUUGAUGUGAUGUGCCUGGGACUCUUGGCUUGGACCAGUAUUUCCAUGGUGCUUUUUCUCUACAGGCACAAGCACCAGGUUAGAUAUAUUCACAGCUCUAGACAAAUCUCCAACCUCUCUCCGGAGAUAAAGGCUACUCGGAAUAUUCUGAUCCUUGUGUGUACCUUUGUCUUUUUUUCCACACUUUCUUCAAUCUCCUCAACCUAUAUCACCAUGUUUAACUUUCCAAGUUGGUGGCUGCUGAAUGCAAAUGUAUUUCUGGAUGCAUGUUUCCCAACUUUCAGCCCUUUUGUGCUCAUUAAAAGUCGUAUCCAUCCUUUCAGGUUUUGCUUUGUCUUCUGUUAG